CACGGUCCUGGCUGCUCCGUAGUGUCUGUUUGGUUGUUGUUGUUGUUGUUGUUGUCACGUUGAGGGGGCAAAAGAAAGAAUUGACGAAGUUAACACAAGCCCGGGCUGUCGCAUGAGGUUACUGGCUGAGCCCCUCCUUGCCAUGAGCGCUGACCACCAAGUUGCCAGCCCCCCCUCCUUCUGCAGUUGAUGGAUCUGCAGCUGGUCCAGAGAUGACAGACAGCGUCAGGGCCUUCUUCUGCAAUGUUGCGACGGGGAUCAAGGACUCCAUAUUGGGGAUUGGAACAAUCUCCAAGCUGGAUGCCCGCAUCCAGCAGAAGAGGGAAGAGCAGCGGAGGCGAAGGGCCAGCGGGGCCCUGGCACAGAGACGGGCACAGAGUGAGGAGCGCAGACCAGACAAUGACCCCAAAGUAGCCAGCAGGAUCUUUCAGUGCUGUGCCUGGAAUGGAGGAGUGUUCUGGCUCAGUCUGUUUCUCUUCUACCGGGUGUUUAUCCCACUGCUGCAGACUCUCACUGCAACAAUCAUAGGUGACCCCUCCCUCCAUGGCAGCGUGUGGACCUGGUUAGAGUUCUUCCUGACCUCCGUCUUCAGUGCUCUCUGGGUUCUCCCUCUGUUCGUCCUCAGCAAGAUAGUCAACGCCAUCUGGUUCCAGGAUAUAGCCGACUUAGCAUUUGAAGUGUCUGGAUGUAAAGCGCAGCCGUUCCCCAGUGUCAGUAAGAUCAUCGCAGACAUGCUCUUCAACCUCCUUCUCCAGGCACUCUUCCUCAUUCAGGGAAUGAUUGUUAGCCUCUUCCCCAUCGAUGCCAUCGGACAGAUGGUUAGCCUCCUCCACAUGUCGCUGCUCUACUCCCUGUACUGCUUUGAGUAUCGCUGGUUCAACCACGGCAUUGAGAUGCACCAACGGCUGUCCAAUAUCGAGAGGAACUGGCCCUAUUACUUCGGCUUUGGUCUGCCCAUGGCUCUUCUGACUGCCAUGCCCUCCUCAUACAUCAUCAGUGGCUGCUUGUUCUCCAUCCUCUUCCCUCUAUUCAUCAUCAGCGCUAAUGAGGCAAAGACGCCAUCAAAGCCGUACCACUUCCAGCUGCGUCUCUUCUCCCUGGUCGUUCUGAUCAGCAACAAGCUUUUCCACAAGACGGUCCACCUGCAGUCCUCCCUGACGUUGUCCACUUCCUCGGAGAGGCUGUCGUCGCCCCACACCUCCCCGACCCGCCAGAGACCUCUCCCCACCCAGUGAAGGAACCGCUUGAAGGAGAUAGGAAAAGCCCUCGGUGUGGAAAAAGUGAUUCUUCCAGGCGGAUUUCCUUAAUUGAAGAUGCCAUGUGGUGUAGGACAAAGGGUUUACAUCCAUCUAAUCUCUACCCCUUUACCUAUUCGUUUGCAGAGCCCACCAGACACAUUUUCAGUGUGACACAAAAAAAUCGACUGCCCUGUGCCUCACUCUCAAAACACAUUAUAUACUCAGCUCUUGACUUGUUUUCUCUUUUCAAAAUUCUGUUGAUUUCUUUUUUGUAUAAUGUGCCAUUUGAGUGACUCCUUUACUAAAUGACAGCACAAGAAAUCUUUUUGUUUGAAUAUGUUUAAACAAAUGUGUGACGAAAGGAUUUUUUAAGCGAAGGGGCUUGUUUGUAUUCAGAAGCAAAGCACAGUCUUGUUGUACCCACAUUACAUGGGUGUGUCACGUUGAAAGUCACAUUCCUUCCUCGCAGAUUGAAUGUUUUGUUGCACAUAGAUGUGUUUUUAUGUCAAAUCAUGGUGUCCUAUCAGUUCCAGAAAUAACCUUGUACAGUUAAAGGAAAAGAGAGUCUUUUUUAAUCCUGUAAGAGCUUUGUUUAUCGUAGAAUAUACAAACCAGUACAGGAGCUGCUAAAAAACAAAACAAGGAUUGGUGACCUUAGUAAUGGAAACCAAGUCACAAAGUCACUCUUGUCGUGUGUUGAAGCUUUCUGUCUCAUCCCAAAUUGAAUCUCACUCCACCGUCCGAUGAGAUGCGCAUGGUGGCGCCAGCGGAGGAAAAGCUGCCUGAGCGUUUUCAGUCUGAAUAGAGGAGGUGAAAGGAGAGAUGACACUGCCAAACUGUUGCUUCUAUGUUACGUUUCUUUCACUUCAACCACUACAAUGCUCAACUCUGCAAUACAGGAAGGAGUCGCAUAGUUAACGUAUUUGUAUCCUAACAAAAGAGUGAUCGGCCUUGAUCCCCUUGCUCUAGUCCCCCCCCCCUUCCCAGAGAGAACUGAAGUAAAUAUUCAGUAACUGGUCCAGAGGGAUCAUCGGGCUGUUUGAUUUCUGUGCUGUACAUAAUGUCAAUACACCCUGAAUGUUCAACCAGAAGCCCACCACCACGCAGCCACCCAGAUCUUUCUCUUUCUCAUCAGAGCGGGGGCGUGAUAUUUCUUUUUUGAAAAACAAUGUGCAAUUAUUGUAAGAAGAGCAUAGUGUUUGUGCAGACUGAUGUAUGUGAGUGAGGUUUUGUAAAAGUAAUAUGUCUAUUUAAAAUAAAAUUGGUCAGUAUUCAUUA